GAAAUAAGGAAAAAAACUAGAAAGAGCAAAAUGGAGCAGUAACAAUUUUAAGUUGUUACCAUAAAGUAGGGGAAAUUGCAGUGUUUACAACAUUUAUUUCUAUACACGAUCUGGGCUCUUUUACACGUCUAUUUUCUUGUGUAGUGAAAUAUACUAAAAUGAUUCCAGUUCCAAUCAAAGGCUUAGACAACUGUUAUUUCCCUAGUCCUCCAAUUUACCACGGAUUAUAGACUGAUUUCAGUUUUCGUGGCAUACUUAAGGUUCUCUACAAAGGAACAACCGAUGAAUAUAUAGAAACACAAGUUGACACAUUCAGUCACCGCUUACCACAUUACUUUUCAAUCAAAGUUAAAUUUUUGCGACAAUGUCACGUUCGAAAGAGAAAGUAGUUUCUUCAUUACGCAAGAUUUUCAAAAGUAAAAAUCCUUCUAAUGAUGACUUGGCAGAAGACAAAAAACCAUCUGAAGCUGAUUCCACGGCGAAAAAACCGACGGACUCGCCAGGCAAAAGAAUACGAAGACUGGAAAAGAAAAUUAAACCGACACCUGUGAAUCCAACACCAGACUAUAGUGUCCGGGCAAGAAGGCUUAUGAAAGAGUAUAAGGAAAUUCAAAAAAUGCAAAAUUGCAAAAGCGAUGCGGUAUUUACGGUGGAGCUCAUAAAUGACAAUCUAUACGAAUGGCAUGCACGAUUACACACGGUUGAUCCUGAUUCUAAGUUAGCAAAGGAUAUGGCCGAUCUUAAUAUCCCAUUCAUUUUAUUACAUUUGACAUUUCCCGACAACUUUCCGUUUGCUCCGCCUUUUAUGCGUGUUGUUGAACCGCAUAUUGAAAAGGGGUACGUCAUGGAUGGAGGGGCAAUUUGUAUGGAAUUAUUAACCCCCCGCGGAUGGGCUAGCGCAUAUACGGUUGAAGCUGUUCUAAUGCAAUUUGCGGCAAGUCUUGUCAAAGGACAGGGCCGAAUCACGCGAAAACCGAAAAAUACCAAAGAGUUCAGCAGACGACGAGCAGAGGAAGCAUUCCGAUCACUGGUAAAAACACAUGAAAAAUAUGGAUGGGUUACACCCUCGCUUUCUGAUGGCUAAAGUGGUUUUGGCCUUUACAUCAAUAAAAAGGCUUGAUGAAAAUCAACAACUAUUUGCUGCCAGAAUGGCUUGUUGAUGUAUUAGCAUUAAUUUCCUUAUAUCUGUAUAUAAUUGGUAAUUUAGAGUCAACCAAAAAGAAAAGCAGCAUUAAAAAUGUACUAGUCCAACAACAUUAUUUAAGGUCUAACAAUAUUAAAAUUUUGAUAUUUGAAAUAUAUAUAA